AUGCAGUCACUAGAAAAUGUGCUAAUAAACAACGACUUUAUUUACGAGACACGGGAAGAACCCAGAACAGAGAUCGUAACAGAGAUCUUCUUUCUUCAUCAGGACUCGAGAGUCAUGUGGCGUGCAUUCCCCCACGUCAUGAUGAUCGAUGCAACGUACAAGACAAACAUAUACAAUAUGCCCUUUAUCCAGAUUGUUGGUAUGACGCCUACCAACAAAUCGUUUAUUAUCGCGCAUGCCGUUGUUAGUAAAGAACGGGGUGAUAACUUUGUGUGGGUGCUUGAGAGGGUUAAGUCAAUGUUGGAUGAAUGUAUGGAGCCACGUGUGAUUUUAACGGAUAGAGACCUAGCCCUUAUGGGCGCGUGUGCUAAAGUAUUUCCAGACGCCUCCAGGCUUCUUUGCAGGUGGCACAUACAACAGAAUGUUAUGAAGCACUGCAAGGGUGCCUUCACAGACGACGACUGGAAGAAAUUUAUGUCAUUCUGGGGGACAUUGAUUGAGUCUCCAUCCAUACCCAUCUACGACUACCACUUGCGCAACAUGCGAAAGCGACUUGUGGAGUGCAAACGUUCUAGAGUCUUCAAAUACGUGUACGAUAACUGGCUAAAAGACUAUAAGGAGAUGUUUGUCUUUGCGUGGACUGAUAAGAGGCGCAACUUUGGUAAUCGUACUACAAACAGAGUUGAGAGCCAACAUGCCAACUUAAAGAGAUACGUCGAAGAUAGGAGCUCGCUGGACCGUGUAGUUGGUUGUGUCCGGGAUAUAGUUGAGACACAGUUCGGUGAAAUAAGGAAGACUUUUCGAGAAAGCAUCGAAAAAACAAUGAAACACCACAAACACCUGAUGUUUCAACACCUACUUGGAAAAGUAUCCCACAAAGCCCUUGACUUGUUGCAUGGAGAGGCAAUUAGGAAGCUAGAUGUCUUGGAGCGCUUUAAUUCAUCAUGUGGUUGCCAAAUGUGGCACAGCUGUGGGUUGCCCUGUGCUUGUAGGAUAGAAAAGUACAUGCGUGAAGAGCGUCCGAUUCAACUCGAAGACAUAGACGUCUUCUGGCGGAAACUUAACAUCCAAAGUUGUAAAUUGAUAGACGACUCCCUUGACAUGGUCGAAGAGCUAGAUGUUGUUAGACAACAAUUACAGUCGCACCCCCCAGCUCAGCAAAAAAGCCUGCUUUCAAAGAUUAAAGCGGUGUUGACUCCAACGAAAUCUACCAAGAAACCACCGGUUGUCCAACAAAAUACUCGUGGCCGACCAACAACAAAGCAGGUACAAGAAAGGUUGGACGAGGCCUCUCGUAUAGAUGAAGAAUUGAGGAGAAGCUCCUUCGGUGAUGCAAACACGUGCUUUGAAGGUUCCCGACAAAUGUUCCAUCCGUACGUCUCGUGCAUACGAGAUGUGAUGCCGGACGGUCAUUGUGGGUUUCGGUCUGUGGCUGUGGGCUUAGGGAUGGAUCAGAGUUCAUGGGGGCUUAUUAGGAGGGACCUUGUCCAAGAAAUGGAUCAGAACGAAUCGAUCUGGUUCCCAAUAUUUGAAGCAUGGGCUCAAGGUUAUUUUUACACGCAUCGUCACGGCCUAAUUUGGGAUUCAGUGGCCGGUUGUGGGGAGAAUCACUGGAUGGACUUCCCCUUUGCAGGACUUCUUAUUGCACAAACGUACGGUAUCGGGGUGCACCUGUUAACGACAACCAUGGGUGCGAGUUCCACUUACUUCCCAAUACUAAGUCCUCCGGCUAAUCAACAACCAUUAUUCAUAACGCUUACACAUGUUAACGAGAACCACUUCAUACAUGUUAAGCUGGAAGGGGAUUAUCCUAUGCCACCAGCACACGGGCUAUGGUUGACCCACCGAAGACCCCAUACAGAACAAUGGGAAGAUAUGUACUUGCCACGUCUAGAAUGGUAUACAUCGAUAAUGAAUCCUCGGCCAAGAUCAAACCCCAGUCUUAAUUACAUAGAUAGUUACACGGAAGAAUGA